UCAAAAAAAGUGAUCGCGCGCGAACAGCCCUGCUGCGGUACUGAGGUAAACAGAAAACUGCGGAUCCGCUGCGGACUCGGGUUUAAAGCGAUGGACAUGUUGGACAUGUUAUUACAGCAAACAGACUAUCGACAUUUCGAGAGAGAGGCAAAUUACCACUACCUCACUAACUUUCCUCCAAGACAAGAGUCAGGAUUCUACAGUGAGGUGAACAUCUUGGUUCUCAGGGAGGUUACUACCAAAUCUGUCUCUAUGAAACUGCGACGCAGCACAGUCCUGAGAAGCCGACGGCUUCAUCAGCGAGAACAUGUGAAGGACUCUGAGAGCAUCUCUGUGGUGUUGAGUGACACUGACUCUAGUCAGUCAGACAGUGUGGAAGAAAUAAAAGAUCAUGUGUCUGUUAUCCGUGAUCUGAAGCGGCCAGUAAGGAAGAGUAGAGCUGGUUUAUCAUAUCGCAUGAGAAAAGAUGAGAGGCCGCUUUCUGUUGUGGAACCACAACAUGGGACGGUUCAGAAGAUCUCCCUGGCUCCAGGUGCAAUGGCCGAGGACACACUAGAGAAACUCAGGUUUAGGGCUAAUACCUCUGAGACCAAGAUCGAGAUUGAGUCUCGAGCAGAGCUUGAGUCUAUUUUGGACGAAUCCGGUACUGAUUUCACAGUGCAAUCGGGUCCCAGCUCACCCUGUCGUCCUGUCAAUACUGUAAGAUGCAGAGAAUGCGAGAGACUUUUCGCCAAGAUGAGAAAACAGCCCACCCCGGAAAAGAAAAGCAGAGAUACAGAUCCAGCAUCUUUAUCUUGUGAUGUGUGGGUUCUGCUUAAGAAGUGGCACCCUCAGGGACACCGUCAUCGAGAGAAGGGAUUAUUGUGGACAAGCCUGAGUCGGAUCAGGAAGCUGUUAGCAGGAGGCUCCGAUUUUGCAGCCGUCAACAGAACAGAAGCAAACUGCUCCAGACCUCAUGCAUUUCAGCAGAGGAAUUUACGUCGCUGCAAGUAUCUGCUUUCCAUUCAGACCAACCUGUCCAUUACCAAAGCAAAGCCACGGCAUCGUAAGAGGUCACGAUCUGUGGUCUGGCCACCCGUUGCUGGCUGGAAAUCUUCGGUGAAAAGGAAGCUUUCUUUGAACAACACAUUAUCUCAGCAGCUUUCUCCUCUCAACCUUAGUGUCAGUGCGACGCAGGAGGACAAACUGCUUGUAGAUAAGAAGAUUUCAAGAUUAAAUGCAGAGUUGAAGCAGAACUCCAAUGCCUCCAGCAAACAGAGGACGACUAAUGUCCGGGGCAAAUUGAACAAUCAGGAAGUGUUUGAUGGCAUAGACGGAACGCGGCGGGCUCUGAAGUUUGAUGACACGCCUGAAACUGUUGCUGUGGAAGCUGCGGAACAGAGGAAAAGCCCUCGGCAGAAGCACAAACGUGGAGAGAUUCGUGAAGGUCAGAAUGGUUUCCAGAAUGAGCAGCAGGAAGAGAUUUCUAAGGAUUCGAAUGGGUUCAGGACGCCCCCAGAUCUGUUCAGCGUGAACCCUAAGAUGAAACGAGGGAACCAGAGGAAAGUCUCUACCUCUGGUGUUACAAAAUCUGCCGCGCAGAAGCCCAACUUCAUGUCCAUGUUAGCCACUCUGGUGAAGAAUCAGAACCAGAUUAUUAAAGAGUCCUGCAAAUGAGUCUCUAUGAAAGUUCUGCAAUUAGAUUUGUUAAGUCAUUUUGUAUAAUUGAAGAGACAUGCAUCGCUGCUGUCGAGAUUUGUUUAUUCUGUUACUUGUUUAAAUGAAUAGAUCUGAUUUCUGAAAAAAAAAAGUCUGCUUAUAUUUAUUGUAUUGUUCAAUUGUCUGCGUUCUAACGUUUGCAUUUGCAUGAGUAAAUAAAUCUUGCGUAAACAUCUUUUUGUUUGUGCUGAUGGCUUGAACUGCAGUUAUU